AUUCUGGUGUACGCUCGCAUCCCUACAUCCUCCUGCCUGGUUGUAGCUGUUUUGUGCAGGCUAAAGAGGCUAGCUAGUGUGAAAGCCGCAGCAUGAGGAACGACGUGUGUCUGCACUGCACGUUCUUAAUAUUACAUGAAUGUAUUUUUAUUAGAGAACAUUCAAAAGCAACAACUGAGGCACUGGCUGCCAUAUUUUAGGACGAUGGAAAUGUAAUAACGACGAUGAAAUUCUCUGCUUCGACCGCAAUAGACGUUGACAUCAAGAAGCAACUUCCUCAGGUUCUUCACCCGAAAUAAAAGCCAUUCUCUGGGCAGGCUACAUCGGCCUGUGCAGAUUCUCCCAGUCAUGGCUCUGGUUACUUUGCAGCGCUCCCCUACCCCAAGCGCUGCAUCCACAGCCAGCACUACCACCACCAACGCGGGGGAGGACUUUGGGAGUGACUAUGAGCGGCGGCUAAAUCAGAGCCUGAGCGAGAGCUUCUUCAUGGUGAAGGGUGCUGCCCUCUUCCUGCAGCAGGGCAGCAGUCCUCAGGGCCAGAAAGCACAUCCCCACCACAAACAUGCAGGAGACUUACCUCAGCACCUGCAGGUGAUGAUCAACAUUCUUCGCUUGGAGGACCGAAUCAAACUGGCGGUGCGGUUGGAGAGUGCCUGGUCAGACAGAGUGCGUUACAUGGUGGUGGUGUACACCAGCGGACGACAGGACACAGAGGAGAACAUCCUGCUGGGCAUAGACUUCAGCAACAAGGACAGCAAAAGCUGCUCCGUUGGCAUGGUGCUGCCUCUGUGGAGUGACACCAAGAUCCAUCUGGAUGGAGACGGGGGUUUCAGUGUGAACACAGUGAGCCGGAAUCAUGUCUUCAAACCUGUGUCUGUACAGGCCAUGUGGUCGGCUUUGCAGAUCCUCCACAAGGUGUGUGAGGUGUCCCGCAGGUACAACUACUUCCCUGGGGGCAUGGCCCUUACCUGGAUGGGCUUUUAUGAGAGCUGCAUCGCCUCGGAGCAGAGCUGCAUCAAUGAGUGGAAUGCCAUGAGAGACCUGGAGACCUUGAGGCCUGACUCCCCCACCAUGUUUGUUGACAAGCCCACAGAGAGGGAGCGGACCGAGUGCCUUAUCAAAGCCAAACUCCGAAGCAUCAUGAUGUUCCAGGAUCUGGAGAAUGUCACCUCUAAACAGAUCCGAACAAAGCUGGAGCAGCAUAUGAGCUGUAACCUGAUGCAGUACAAGGAGUUCAUUGACAAUGAGAUGCUGCUGAUCCUGGGCCAGAUGGACAAGGCAACACUCAUCUUUGACCACCUCUACUUGGGAUCUGAAUGGAAUGCCUCCAAUCUGGAGGAGCUUCAGGACACUGGGGUGGGCUAUAUCCUCAACGUCACCAGGGAGAUAGAUAACUUCUUCCCAGGAACAUUCUCCUACCACAACAUACGGGUCUAUGACGAGGAGACUACAGACCUGCUGGCCCACUGGAACGAGACUUACAACUUCAUUGUUAAAGCAAAGAAGAACCACUCCAAGUGUCUGGUCCACUGUAAGAUGGGCGUCAGCCGCUCGGCCUCCACCGUUAUUGCCUACGCCAUGAAGGAGUAUGGUUGGUCGCUGGAGAAGGCCUACAACUUUGUCAAGCAGAAGAGAAGCAUCACACGGCCCAACGCAGGCUUCAUGAGACAGCUGGCUGAGUACGAAGGCAUCCUGGACGCCAGUAAGCAACGUCACAACAAGCUGUGGCGUCCCGACCGUCCCGACCCAGACUGCGACCUCCCUGAGGGCCAGCAGGCCCAGUGCUGUGGGAGGGAGGACCCAGGUAAUCAAACCCCUGAACCGGUGAUGUCCCCCUGCUGUGAGGAGGCUCUGGGGGAGAAGGGGGCGGCACGUCCCCUCUCCCCCUGCAGGAUGGUCAGUCUGGAAGUGGACCCCGCCUACAACAACUACUACUUUCGCAGGCUGUCUGACUCGGCCCUGGACAGUGACCCCUCCACGCCGGUGCGCGCUCCGCCCCUCCUGGACAUGGAGCGAGUCUUCAUAGAGAUAGAGGACGUGGAGCGGGACGCCCUGCUGGAUGACGAGGCCUUUGGGGGGCGAGAAGGCCUUACCCACUUUGGUCAGGCUGGGGAGGGGACAGCGGCCCAGACUUGCUGCCGAGGACCAGAGCCCCUGGAGGAGCUGCGCCUACGUCUGGAGUUCAGCACCGUGGAGGAGGAGGACGAGGAGGAGGCGCAGAAAGAGGAGGCAGAGAUGGAGGCACUAGCACAGCCAGGAGGAAGAGGGGAGAGUGCAGGACGAGGGGAUGGUGAAGGAGAGGUGGAGAUGGUUCAGGAAGAGGAGGGAGAGAAGGAAGGCAAUGGGCUGGACCUGGUAACCCUGAACCAGAACUCCAACAAUAACAACCACUUUAAUACCCUGUUCAGCCUCAAUGACACUGCUCCUUCCAAACCUGCUCACCCAGUCAAGCCUUCAGGCCUCUCUCGAUCAGACGACAAGCCCAGCCAUGGAGUGGAGAUACUGACCCAGGACGCCGAUCUCUGCCUUAGCACACUGGGGAGAGGUGUGGGGUUAAGUGUCUCUGUGGAGGUCCCCAGUCCCACGCUCCCACUCACCUCCCCCGACACACCCUGUUCCCCCAGCCUGCUACACCCCUGUAGCCUGCUGUGUGACUGUGCCAAAUGUGUUGCCCCGUCCUCUACACUUCUACCUGAUGCCAAGAACUCCACUUACUCGCUGAUAUCUGAGGACAGGGCUGGCAUUCUGGAGGGUGAGUCUGAGGGUGAGGAAGGGAAGCUUUUAGGGGUCUCUGAGGCUGUCCCAGAGCUGCUGAGCCUGGAGAAGGAGAGGCCGGCGGUGGCCUGCUGCGUAGCCCAGCAGCAGGAGACUCUAGUGCAGCUACAGAGGUCAGGGCUGGUCCGCCGGAGGGCAGAGAGGCUGGAGAGGCUGUCAGGUCUGUCCCUAGAGGGGCUUCAUCCCCUGGAGCUUCCAGAAACCCCCAGCUCAGGGGCCAGAGAGGGCACCAGUCCUGUGGAGGGGAAGUUCUCAGCUUUCCCAGGAGACUUCCCCAAGUCCUCCACACCAUGCCCAGUACGCCUAGAGCCGCUGGUGGUUCCUCUGCCUAACGAGACCCUGCUGGGGGCAGUGGGAUCUGGGGUGCUGACGCCCACCUCCUCCCCCCACGGCUCCACACUGACACGUAGCUCUAGCAGUGACAGCAUCCGCAGUGUGAGGGGCAAACCCGGCCUGGUGCGCCAGAGGGCUCAGGAGAUCGAGACUCGCAUGCGGCUGGCCGGCCUCACCGUGCCCUCAAGCCUCAAACGCUCUAACUCACUGGCCAAGCUGGGCAGCCUCAACUUUUCCUCUGAAGACCUGUGCUCCGUCUGCUCCUCGGACGCUGGCACCCUCAUGCUCCGCUCUCUUUCCCCAGAGCCAGGCCGAGAAUGGGAGUGCCCCACCACCUCCACCUCUUCCUCUACCUCCACCUUCACCUCCACUCAUCCCAGAGCACAGAGGGACCAGACCAGCCCAGAGAGAGCACUGCCCGGGGGGGCCAGGAGCUGACAGGAAGGAUGGAGGGACACUCCUCCACCCAUCCCUCCAUCCCCCACUCUGAGCUGGAGAGGGUAACAGAUUUUGGAGAGGGGAGAGGGAUAGUCUUUAAAAUAAAAUAAAAGUGUGUAUAUAUAGAAUUAUACAUAUAUAAAUAAACAUUUGAAUAAUAUAUAUUAAUAUAAAUCCACAUCAUAUUGAAGAAAAAAGAAACAAUCCAAAUAUUAUACCAUAAUCCAGAUGGUAUUUUGGUUAGACUGUUUUUGCAUGGAGCUCAAUGAAUGUGUGUGCGAAGAUGAACCUCGUACAGAAGACCUGGUCUCCAUCAGGACUUAAAAAAGCUAUUUUCAUUCCUGGUCCUCUGCCUUUCUAGCUUUCCAGAGAUCAGAAUUACAGCUUCGUCAUUAUCAUCAUCAUCACCACCAUACUCCACAUUAUCAUCACCAUUCUAUAUAUACCCUGCCUUCCACAAGCAGUGGAGAUUACAUAGACUUUAUUAUUCAAUGUUCUGUUUGCUUUACCAUUGGUUAAUGGUACAAAUUGUGUUGAUUGGCUUAGUUGCUGUCUUAGAGUUGAUAAUCAGAUGAUAUUGAUUUUGCUCUCUCUCUCAUCUGCUAAAGUUUCACCAUGUGCUGAAAACAAAGGGGGGGAAGAGGGUUUGGUUGUCCAUGCUGUAUUUAGCACUGCUCAUCUAUUUUAGCUUCAGUAAACAUUUUUACAGUAAGCAAUAUUACACUUACAGAGACCAUAAACAUGGCAUAACACAAAGCACCAUUCAUUUGAUGUGCAGUAUGUUGUUUGGAGGACAAUGGCUGUCAUGUGAUAGGUCAAAUGUGUGACAUCACAAUGGUCCUGGAGAGUUGGUAUGCUGAAACAUUUUCUUCCUCUUUUCACCGCUGUGUUACAGAUGAUCCAUUCCAGGUUGUCGGUUGUUUACUAACGAUGUGAUAUUAGAAAUGUGAUUGUAAAUUAUACAGGCAUAGAAUCCAUUUACUUUGCUUCUGAGCCUGCUUUGUAUUUGGGGAUUUGAAUAAUUUUGGGAUGAGCCAAAUAGAUGUCACAAAUCAUUUUCAAACAAUUCAGAUCCCAAAAUAAUAAAAAACAAAAAGACCAUAGCCCUCCCUGUAAGUACUGCAGUAUGAUUCCACUUCUGUAACAAAAGUCAUUCCUCCUUCCGUCAUGCUAUAAUAUCCUCCAAGCUUCCAACCUUUACCUGUGGCAGAACGUCUACAUAUAAUUCCAGGAGUCUUCUGGGACCAUUCUACCUCUGACCCCACGGUGAUGUGGUGCUUUUCAUUUUGUUCAAGCAGUUCUACAGACUUGUUCCUGUCAGACCUGUUCCUGUCAGGUGAGAGGCUCACAUGCCGUAUCGGAUCUCUGCUGGCUGUAUGUUGAGUGCAGGGUAGUCCAUAGUUGUCUGGUUUAUAAUCUUAAAUCUGCUGAGCCUCCAAUGUCUGGACACUCAACAGCCAAACCUCACCUGAGAUUCAGCAACAGUACAGUGGGAAACAUAUGACAUAGCAAUGGGGCUGAGAAAGCCAUCUUGCAGCUCCUUUACUACCCUCCCUUCCCAUUAGCCUGUGUCUAGGCCUGGGUUUACCAGUGUUUUGUAGAGGUCCUUUCUGAGAUCGGAGUCCCCUAUCAGAACCCUCUUGCGAUUUUGCUUUGCUUCUGGAUAACUGCUGGCUACGUUGAAUGCUAAUCUUAUUCAAACUGCUCUGGGUCAGUUUUGUAAGUUGAGCAUAGGGGCGGCAGGUAGCCUAGUGGUUAGAGCGUUGGACUAGUAACCGGAAGGUUGCAUCAUCGAAUCCCAGAGCU